AAUCCGAACUCCUUCUGAGACUGCAACGCGACCCGCGGUGGUCGAGCGUCCUCUGCUCUUCUUCCUUCUUCCCGCGGGUCAAAGGCCUCACGUCUGCCUUCUCCCCCGUUUUGCCCUGCUCCACCUUUCGCGGCCGACAUUUCCUCUGUCUCUGUCUCUGUCUCUCUUUCUUUCUUUACGAAUUUGGAGCACUGGCUUCCGUUCUCUCUCUUUCUUCGUCAUCCUUUCUUAUCUCCCUUUUCUUUAGAAAGCUUGGAAUAGAGUUGUAUUUCAGCUUGCACGUUUUCGGUCGGAGGUCGCAUUGAUUCGGAGAGCUGGGUGAUAUGAUUUAUCGUGUGGGGAUCCCUAGGUACCAUGAAACUUUUCUGGAGACGCUUGGGAGGCGCACUUCAUUCUUUCUCAGCCGCUUCUAGUGGUUAUGGGCAUUUCAGCAGUGUUUGCAGCAACUCAAAAUUUGACCUCACUGACUUGACUCGUCCCCAUACAUGGUACCCACUUGCACGGAGGAAGAAACGGAAUAUUUUCCUUCAUGUUGGUCCUACAAACAGUGGCAAAACAUAUCAUGCUCUGAAGCAGUUGGAAUCAAGCUCUUCAGGGUUAUAUUGUGGGCCUUUAAGGCUCCUGGCAUGGGAAGUGGCUAAAAGAUUGAACAAGGUAAAUGUCCCUUGUAAUCUGAUAACAGGCCAAGAAAGGGAGGAGAUCAAUGGGGCAAAGCACAACUCAGUUACAGUUGAAAUGGCUGAUGUGAUAUGCGACUACAAGUGUGCAGUUAUUGAUGAAAUUCAGAUGAUAGGGUGUAAUACUAGAGGCUUCUCAUUCACGCGUGCAUUAUUAGGUAUUGCUGCAGAUGAACUGCACUUAUGUGGAGAUACUUGUGCUGUUCCCCUUGUACAGGAAAUUCUUGGGGUUACUGGUGAUGUUAUAAAGGUUCAAUACUAUGAGAGGCUUUCCCCACUUAUACCAGCAAAGGUUCCACUUAGGUCCUUCAGUGACAUACAACGAGGUGAUUGUGUGGUCACUUUUUCACGGCGUGAGAUAUACAAAAUGAAGAAAGAAAUAGAAACCAAAGGAAAGCAUCUUUGCUCUGUGGUGUAUGGUUCAUUGCCUCCAGAAACGCGAACACGUCAGGCAUCAAUGUUCAAUGAUGAAAGCAGUGAGUUUGAUGUUCUCGUGGCUAGUGAUGCUGUUGGAAUGGGCCUGAAUCUGAACAUUUCUAGGAUAAUAUUCUCAACAUUGAAAAAAUUUGAUGGUUCUGAAAUGCGUAAACUUACGGUCUCAGAGAUUAAGCAGAUUGCAGGAAGGGCUGGAAGGUAUGGAUCUAAAUUUCCAAAUGGUGAGGUGACCUGCUUGGAUGGUGAGGAUCUGCCUUUGCUCCACUCAUCUCUAAGAUCACCGUCCCCUAUUUUGGAGCGUGCAGGGCUCUUUCCUACAUCUGAUCUGUUGUUCUUAUACUCCAGAUUACAUCCCAAAGUUGGGUUUUAUCAUAUGCUGGAGCAGUUCCUAGAGAAAGCCAAAACUUCUCCAUUUUAUUUCAUCACUAACUGUGAAGAUAUUCUGAAAGUUGCUGCUGUUAUUGAUGAAAUGCCAUUAAGUUUGGAAGACAAAUACCUUUUCUGCAUCAGCCCAGUAGAUAUGAAUGAUGAAAUUUCUGGUCAAGGUCUUGUCCAGUUUGCAGAGAGCUACUCCAAAAGAGGAGUCGUCCAUUUGAAAGAAAUAUUUACUCCCGGGACGCUGCGAGUGCCAAAGUCACAAAAUGAACUAAUGGAACUUGAAUCUAUUCACAAGGUCUUAGACCUCUAUGUAUGGCUGAGUUUCCGAUUGGAAGAGAGUUUUCCAGACCGUGAAGUGGCAUCUGCACAAAAGGAAAUGUGCAACCUCCUGAUUGAAGAGUUCCUGGAGCGAUUGGGGUGGCAACGGCCAAGAGCAAGGAACCUGUUCAAACGUCCUUCGUGGAGACCUGCUUUCCUAUCUUAAUUCGUUUCCGUUUGUAAACCAAGCAAGUCAUCUUCCUUCUGCCUCGGUAAUUAUUCAUUUAUUUAUGAUGUUUAGUUGAAUAUUUUUUAUUGUAACCGGGCCGGGCCUGGGUCCGAGUUUCGGGCCCGUCAGGCCGACCCGGGCUGGCCCAAUGCCCACCCUAAUAUGAAGCCCAAAGAUGUGUUGCAAUUGCCUAAAAUAAUUUCCU